UGUACUUUGCAACCAGGACGUCUCUACAGAUUUUUAAUUCGUCAGCAAGUAUCACUCACUGAUCCAGAUGAAACAUUUUUGGUUGAUCCCGGUAUAUCUCGUACAAUAAUAAUGGAACCACUGCCUCCUGGAAGACUUGAUCUUGCGUUGAGCAAUUUUUCCGCGACUCAUUUGUUUUUAAAGUGGAAUCCACCGGAUGGAAAUUUAACACUCAAUUACUAUAAAAUAGUAGUUGAUGGACAUCAGCAGCAGACACUCGGUAAUAUUCCAGAGAUUCACUGGAAUAAAAAACUAACGCCUGGAACUUCUUACAACGUAACAAUUACAACAGUAAGUUAUGGCGGUAUCUUCAGCGGUCCAUUGAUUGGAAUUGCAGAAAGUAAUCCCCAUAUAGAGACGAUAACAAUUGAUAAAAGUGAUCCAGAAGGCUAUUUGCAUUUGGAUUUUGGAAACCUAGACGAAAUACUCAGAGGAGAUGACGUCGAAAGUCCCAAGCUUUACUCUCCUACAUCAGUCUUCGCAGGGGACGGUUCAGAGGAAGGUUUUAACUUUGUUCAUAUUGGCUCAAAUGGUGUUAUUGGACUCGGAGAAGGGUUUAACAGUCCUACAAUAUAUGAUAUUAAUACGGAGACGGUACAGGGUAAGCGCAUCAUUUGUCCAUUUUGGACAGACCUGUCGACAUCGAACAGUAAUGGCACCGUUUACUACCAGACUUAUCAGAGGGGAAAUGGCACAGAAAGCAAUUCUUUUCUGGAAAACGCAAAUGCCAUUGUGCGCCGUCAAUUUGGUGACUUUACCGAGUUUAAUGCAUCUUGGCUUCUUAAAGUCACCUGGAAUAACAUGACCUUUGAAGGGAUUACGUCGAAGAACAUAACCUUCCAGUGUCUUCUGAUUACGGAUGGUCAAAGUACGUUCACUGUCUUCAAUUAUAUAGAUGUUGAUUUACUAGCAAUUGAAAAUAGAAAGAUAACUAUUGGCUACCAAUAUGGGAAUGUGUUCGAGAAAAACCCUUUUUCGUAUACAACGGCGGCAUUCAACAUGAGUGCAGUUCCGGGAAACAGAGGAGUAAAUGGGUUUUGGAUAUACAAACUGACCACAGGUGUUUUAUUAAAUAACGACGAAAGGGAAUGUUUUGAUUGGUACAUCCGAAAUAAGGAACAAAACACAUUCAACCAAUUGUCCUUUGUUCGAGGUCAAAUUAGAUGUCCCUGUACCAGUAUACUUCUAAGAUUUGACCCCCGGUAUGCAAUAAGCAGAUUUGACAGGAUCAAUAGAGUACUGUGCUACGCUUCCAGGACAAUUGGGAGAAAUACGGAAUGUUGCUAUAAAAUGCAUGGGUCGAUCAACAAUUUGGGUGCUCUUGAACGGUCUUUACCAUCCGCUGGAACUCUUUUGCAAUAUAAUCCGUUUUUCGAACAACGAAAACAUUUAAUGGAAGACCUUAAACCAAGAGAAACAUGCUGCAUAAAAACGAAACACUGCAAGUGGUUUUAUGCGGUCCGCCCUAUUCCCAGGUGUUAUCUGAGGUCUCCAUUUAAUCCCGCUUUGAACUUUGGAGAUCCACAUAUUGUGACACUUGAUGGGUUAAACUACACCUUUAAUGGGUACGGAGAGUACACAAUGUUGAACAUAUCAAAGAAACCAAUACAGUUUGACUUCCAGGCAAGGACAGACCUGGCAACAACAGCUAACGGCACGACUAUAAAUGCCACCAUAUUCAGUGCGUUUGUGGCCCAAGAUCAAACUGGAUCAAAACUGCAGAUUGAUAUGUCUCGGGACAAAAAAAGAAUGCUUGUAAGAGUCAAUGAAAAGGACAUGACAAAAGAAUUUGAAAAUUCUUCUUUUGUUUUCUUGAAUCAAAACAUGUCUGUUCAAUGGGAAAAUCAAACGUUAUCGGCUUCAUUUUUGCAAACAUCUGUUCUUCUUAAAGUCAGCCUGGGAGUGCGAUUUCUUAUAUCUGAGGUGGUUGUUGACAAUGAAUACAAAAGUCAUGCGAAAGGAUUAAUGGGGAAUUUUGAUGGGAAUGCUGCAAAUGAAUUUGUACUUCCAAAUGGGACAAUUUUGGAUGAUAAUGCAACUGGAACAGAAAGAAAUAUCUACAACAACUUCGGUCAAAAAUGGCUUGUAAAUGAAAAGUCUCUUUUUCACUAUGACAAGGGAUUAACGUAUCACAAUUACACUCAUCUUGACUUUGAGCCAAUAUUCUUAGACGAAGUGGAUAAAAAUCAAAUUGAGGACGCUAAUAUGAAAUGCGGUCCAAAUCCGUCACAAGCCUGCAUCUUCGAUUACCUGGCGACUGGAGACAUAGCUCUUGCAGAAUCAUCAGGAACUUCGGAAGCAUCAGCACAGUCCGAUAAGAGGAUAGUAGAAAACGAAUCACCUACCAUAGCAGGAAAUACUUCAAUCAAUGUAGAAAUGAAUAAGACUGUGUAUAUGCAGUUCAACGCUUCUGAUGACAGCACGAUAAAGCCUGAAUAUAGAAUUCUCAAAUACCCAGAUGGUUUUAAAUUAAACAAUACCACGGGUUUAGCCACGUGGACACCAAAGAAUACAAAUGUAUCAGAAAUUAGCAUCAGUGUGAUAGAUAGUAUUGGAGCUGAAUCACCAUCCCUGGACGUAACCAUUAUUCUAUGUGGUGGAUGCGGAAGUCACGGACGCUGCGACUAUGACGACGUUAUACCCACUGAUAAUGCCCGCUACAGUUUAGCAGUGUGUUCAUGUGAAAAGGGCUAUUCCGGUUUGAACUGUGAACUAGAUACGAAUGCCUGCAUUAACGAACCAUGUUCGUUACGUAGAAAUUGUACUGACCUUACACCGGGAGAAGAAAAUCGUUUGGGUUGGGGUUAUAACUGUUCUGGUUGUCCAAAAGGAUACAAUGAUAUGAAUAAUAAAUGUGAAGAUAUUAAUGAAUGCCAAGCAAGUGGGACGAACAUUUGCAACAUUCAGUCAGAGAUUUGUGAAAAUACUGAAGGAAGUUACAAGUGCAAUUGUUUACCAGGAUUUAGAAAAAGCAACACUGUUUGUGAAGAUAUCGACGAGUGCUUAGAACUGACUUCAGGGUGCGAACAGCUCUGCAAUAAUACACCUGGUUCAUUUGAGUGUCAGUGCUUCCCAGGGUUUUUCUUGAAACGUGAUAAAACUUCAUGUUCUAAAUUAGACGAAAACCCUUGUGAGAGCUUCAACAAGACUUGUGAGUACACUUGUGAUCCGACUGAACAAAAAUGUCUCUGUCCAAUUAGUUAUCAACUAGCUGAAGACGGAGAGAAUUGUAUAGAUGUAAAUGAGUGUGUUGUCAAACCUUCACCAUGUCUACAGGAAUGCACAAACACCAAUGGUUCAUUCCAAUGUUACUGUCGUCCUGGGUACACAAUAGAUAAGGAUAAAGUUUCAUGUACAGAAUGUAAAGAACCAAAUUUCGGUGAAAAUUGCGGUCAAAUAUGCAAAUGUGGACAAGGUAUGGAUCGUUGUGACCCCAAGACUGGCUGUGUCUGUAAACCAGGCUGGACAGGGACGAAUUGUUCUGUCGAUAUCGAUGAGUGUGACAAUGAAACCAUAUGUGGAAAUGAAAAGGUCUGCAAAAACCUUGAAGGGUCUUACUUGUGCAAGUGUAGAGUCGGUUUUAAAAUGAAUGGAGAUAUUUGUGAAGAUAUCGAUGAAUGUUCAGAUUUAACAUUAAACGAAUGUCCUGAUGAUACUGAUUGUCAAAAUCUUCAUGGAAACUACACUUGUAAUUGCAAGUCAGGAUUUCAAAAAAAUGAUUCCAAAUGUGAGGAUGUAGAUGAAUGUUUGAGCGGUACAUCUGAUUGUCAACACAUCUGCAUUAACAAUGUCGGGGGAUUUAAUUGUGAAUGUGAAUUUGGAUAUGCCUUACAUGACAUCGACAGAAAAACAUGUGAAAAGGUCGUCAAUGUAUGUGCCCUGUUCCCUGAAUUAAACUGCAGCUAUGGAUGUCGGCUCGAAAAAAGAUCCAAUUUAAAUAUAGGAUAUUGUUUUUGUGAAUCAGGGUUUAGGCUUGACUUCGAUAAUAGCUCUUGCGAAGAUAUUAAUGAAUGCGAAGAUUCAAGUACAUGUCAACAGAAUUGUACAAACAGAGAAGGAUCGUUUGAAUGUUCUUGUUCCACUGGACACGUUUUGGAAAAUGAUCGAAAAUCAUGCACAAAAUGUGUUGAUGGAUUGUACGGAGAAAAUUGUAAAGAACAAUGUAAAUGUGGCCCAGGUUCUGAAAGGUGUGACCAUAUAAGUGGAUGUGUGUGUAAAUCUGGUUGGACAGGAACAUUUUGUGAUACGGACAUUAAUGAAUGCAAUAACACUGAAAGUCCAUGUAAGAUCACCUAUGAAGAAUGCAUUAAUUUUGAAGGGUCUUUUAGAUGUGAUUGUAAAGGUGGAUACGAACGAACACCAACUGGAAGCUGUAAAGAAUGUACUUUAAACACCUUUGGAAAAAAUUGUUCAAGUCAAUGUUCGUGUGAUUUCACCAACACACAGUCAUGUGACAAGAAAAAUGGUACUUGUUACUGUAAAGAGGGAUGGCAAGGUGCUGAUUGUACAGAAGACGUUCUAGAGUGUGCUAACACGACCAUCUGUGGUCCAAACACUAAAUGUUUAGAGACAAACGGAUCUUAUGUUUGUUAUUGUGACGUUGGAUUCCAGAAGGAUGGUUCUGGGUUUUGUAUCGAUACUGACGAAUGUUCACUUGACUUAAAUAAUUGUGACAUCAAUGCCAACUGUACUAAUAAAGUAGGAAAUUUCACAUGCACUUGCAAACCGGGAUAUAGUGGCGACGGUCAUUUUUGCGCAGAGAGAGUAGCAGCAUAUAAACCAAAAACUACAGAGGCUAAACUUGGAAUUGUUGUGACCUUCGCAAAGAACAUACCACUUGCUGAUGACUAUGCUAAUGUCGUGAAAAACAUGGAAACAUCUUUAACUAAUUUCUACAAAAGCCGGAUCGCUGGAUUCCUGAAAGUACUUAUUCUGGUCAUAAGGAAAGGAAGUACAAUCGUUGAAUUCGAAGUUAUAACCGACAAGAAAGAAGAAGCAAAACAAGAUAUUGUUUCAUCAAUAAUAAGUUUAUCUAAAGGAGAAGGCAACAUAUUGUAUGCUAAUGAAUUGAUAACACCUUCAUCUGUAUCAGUGAUUGAUGCUACUGGAGAGGAACGAGCUAUCAAAAAUACGUCUUCCAAAUGCGAUGUGUUUGCAGUCGGCAAUUUGUGUGAGGAAAACGAGAAGUGUAUAGAAUACAGUAGCAGAGCUUACUGCACAAGGAAAAAAGAUUCGAGCGGGGACAGUUUUCAGCUAAUUAUUGGACUUGUCGUCGGAAUAUCACUCUUAGCCCUUGCAUUUGUUAUUGGAAUCAUCAUCAUUUGCUGCGUUAGAAGAAAGCGCCAUUCAAAAAAACCGUUGUCUUCUAAUGAUGAUUUUAGAGAGCCAUAUUUAGAUCAAGGAAUGUAUUUUUUCCCGGGAUUGCCGAGAAGAAUUGAGGGCUGGGGUCGAUAUUGGGUCCAAUACCCUCCCCAUCACGGGGAAGGUCGGGAAGGAAAAAGAAGAAGGGAAAGGUUCGAUGACGCUGAAGUUUACGACAGGGGUUCACGGAAUUCCAUUGAUUAAGCAUUACGUUAGUCACCAAAUGAGAAGUGAUAUUGAUGAGAAAGUAUUUACUGUGCUCGGUGACUUCAUGUUGCCAUUAGCAACAUAUGAACUGUUCAAUCAGACUCUCAACGAUCAAAAUAUAUUCUUACAUCGUAUUUUUCUCUGUGUUGUAUCAAUCUCAGGUGUAAUAUUUUUACUGAUUGUACUCACAAACAUUUGUGCAAGAACUUCAUUUGUAAUAAAAUGAAUGAAAAAAAAAUAUCUAAUAUAUAUCAUCAUAUUUAAAAGUAUUGAGUACUAGUAUCAAUGGAAAAUUUUAAACAAAGGAAUGUGGGUACGAAGAAAUGUAAUGUCAAUGUAAAUGCUACAAAUGGUAAGACGCAAACUAUUGAAAUAGAUAUUUUAUUAAGGCAAUAAAUUACAGAGAUUGUAUCAAUUUAUAUAUUUAGAUGGUGUAUUCAAUCAUGUUAAUAUUAUCAUAUUUUUUCACAUACGGUCACGUAUAUGUUUCAUAUUAGAGAUGUAUCCUCUCUUAUUUUGAAUGGUAUAUUGUACUAUUCUGUAUCCUACGUAAAUAAAUAAUAUGCAUAAAUUGUACAAGACUUUGUAUACGUUAUUAAGUUGUAUUUGGUGAAAAUUUUGAAUUCAAUAUAAUUUUAAAGUAUUACAUAUUCGUUGAUUACACUUUAAAACUGCUUACUAUUUGUUUUUGUUUUUGAAAAUACAGGGUUAAAAGAUUUUUAAAAAAUUGUGACAUAAACGAAUUUCAGUUAUCUUGUAUGUAUCUACUAAAGGAAUAAAAAGUUUUAAAUAUUUAAGUAUGUACAUAUCAAUCAGGAGUGUUGAAUGGUAUGUGAAAAUAUUUUCUGAAAACAUCAGGGCGUGACGUUUUUAAUGCAAAAUCUGGCGUAAUCGAUCAAAGGUACAUAUAUGGUGCAAAUACAUGUACUUAUCUGAAGAUAACCUGGUCUCGUCUACUUAAAAUAUAGGUCGUGAUGUUUCAUCCGGGUUCAUAAAGCAAUCUGACGUAUACAUAUCUUUCUGAAGAAGGUCAGAUGAAAAACGUUAGAUGAGAUACAUUGUAACUACAUAUAAUUCGUACUUUCUAUACUCGAAAUGUCAAGAAAACGUGCUUGUAAUCUUAAUAUGACACAAGAUGUGUACAACAAGAGAUUAUAUCAUGAAAAUGUCAUAAACUAUAUAAAAAUGCAGAAAAUUUAAUCAAGUGAUGUACAUUAUCAAAAAGUUGUGUUUUAAUUGGAGAUUUUAAAAAAAAAAUUGUCAAACUCCUUUUUUCUUUAGGUAUUUUAAGAAAAUUUAUUAUGAGAGCGAGAUAAAUAAAAAAAAAUGUUUGAACAAAUUGUCAU